GUUUAGACUGGGGAGCAGCAUGCAAACAAAUCGGUGAACCGCUGCGGCCUAUCACACCCCCACCCUCUAAGCCACCAGCACCACCAGCCCAGUUUUGGGGGGGAUUCCAGACACUUCCACUCUGCCUGACAACCUGCGCCAAACACCAUGGAUUUCAUGCUACCCAUAAGGAGUCGAGACACAAUGGCUUCCUCCAGCUCAGCUCCCCUUAUGGGCCCUCACAGCAGCUGCGCUAGGCACCACUACCAGGUCAUCAAGAGAAAGCUGCGGCCCGGUCGGAUUCUAGGCUUCAUCAUCAGCCUGGUGGUGGUCUGCACAGUCUGCUCAUGGAGUGCCUUGUCCUUGGCCACAACGGUGGCCACAGAGCUGGAAUCCACCGCCGAGGGCUCAGCAGAGGCAGAAGUGCCCCAAAGAACUCUUCUGCAGUACCACAACCUCUCAGCUGCGCCAGAGGACACACCGGUGGCCAUGCGAUCAUCUGAAAUAGAGAUGAAUCAAGGGGACUACCCAACGGACUACUUCAGCGUGGAGGAGAGACGUGAGGGCUAUGUGGUGCUUCAUAUGUUUGGCAUGUUAUACAUGUUCAUAGCCUUAGCCAUCGUCUGCGAUGAGUUCUUUGUCCCUGCGCUCACUGUCAUCACAGAGAAGCUGGAGAUCUCUGAUGAUGUAGCAGGAGCCACCUUCAUGGCGGCAGGUGGCUCAGCCCCAGAGCUCUUCACCUCUGUCAUAGGAGUCUUCAUCUCCCACAGUAAUGUGGGUAUCGGUACCAUCGUGGGCUCUGCCGUAUUCAACAUCCUGUUUGUGAUCGGGAUGUGUGCCCUGUUCUCCAAAGAGGUGUUGAACCUCACCUGGUGGCCUCUGUUCAGAGACGUCUCAUUCUAUAUCGUUGGCUUGCUCAUGCUUAUCUACUUCUUUCUGGAUAAUCAAAUCACACUGGGGGAAAGUAUCAGCCUGCUGUUGUGUUACACCUGCUAUGUGACGUUCAUGAAGUUCAAUGCCAAAGUAGAACUUCUCAUCAAGAGCAUGUUGGGCAGCAACCAGGUGGACAAGCUGGAGAAUGCAUCAAAGGUAAAUGCACCAGGAGAUGAUGAGAACAAGCUGACGGCAAAGCCCAGGCUGCAGAGAGAAGGCAGCUGUGCAUCUCUGCACAACUCACUGAUGAGAAACAGCAUUUUCCAGCUCAUGAUACACACACUGGACCCUCUCAGUGAUGAAGGACAAUUUAAAGAGAAGGCAUCAAUCCUUCACAAAAUGGCCAAGCAGAAGUGUAAAGAUGAAGCAGUCAGUGCCAACGGCGUAGCUGAUAAAAACAUUCCCAACAGUACAAAUGUCGCAGUGGAAGUCACGCCACCCAUGAACGGUGUUGCAGGAGGAGACGGGGAUGGUGAUGAAGAGGAGGAUGAAGACCAGCCUCUGAGCUUGGCCUGGCCUGACACCGCCAGGAAAAGGAUCACCUACCUACUCAUCCUGCCCAUUGUAUUUCCACUGUGGGCUACACUGCCCGACGUCAGGCGAGAGAGCUCAGUAAAGUUCUUCCCCAUCACUUUCAUUGGCUCCAUCUGUUGGAUUGCUUUCUUCUCCUACCUGAUGGUCUGGUGGGCUCACCAGGUUGGAGAAACUUUCUGGAUCACAGAAGAGAUCAUGGGUCUGACCAUAUUAGCAGCUGGCACUUCAAUCCCCGACCUGAUCACCAGUGUGAUUGUAGCACGAAAAGGCCUCGGUGACAUGGCCGUGUCCAGCUCUGUGGGCUCCAACAUCUUUGAUAUCACUGUGGGUUUGCCGUUCCCCUGGCUCCUCUACAACAUCAUCAACGACUUCAAGGCCGUCGAGGUGAGCAGCAAUGGCUUGUUCUGCGCCAUCGUCCUCCUCUUCCUCAUGCUCCUCUUCGUCAUCAUGUCCAUUGCAGCUUGCAAGUGGAGAAUGAGCAAGUUGCUGGGCUUUCUUAUGUUCCUGCUCUACUUCGUGUUCCUCAUCAUCAGUGUCAUGCUGGAGGACAAAGUCAUAAGCUGUCCCGUCACCAUCUGA